AUGUGGAAAGAGUAUAGCAGCAAGGACCUGGAGGGAGGAGCACGCAGCUGCCAGGACCUGGAUGGAGGACCGCGCAGCUGCCAGGACCUGGACGUCAGAGCGCACGGCAGCCCGAACCCCGCCCCGCGCGCGCGUGCCCGGCGUUGGCGCAGUCCGGGUCUGAGUCGUCGGCUGAGUCUUAUCGGCCUCGCUCUCUGGCCGAUUCCCGGCCCUUCUGCGCCCUCGCCGCCCGCGCCCUCGUUGGUGCCGCCGCCCGCAGCCCUGGCGCUCCCCGCGGGCCCCGCUGAGGCCGUCUGCGCCUUGUGCCAGCGCGCGCCCCGCGAGCCGGUGCGCGCCGACUGCGGCCACCGUUUCUGCCGGGCGUGCGUGGUGCGCUUCUGGGCGGAGGAGGAUGGGCCCUUUCCAUGCCCCGAGUGUGCCGACGACUGCUGGCAGCGCGCAGUGGAGCCCGGCCGCCCUCCACUCAGCCGCCGCCUCCUGGCACUCGAGGAGGCAGCUGCGGCGCCGGCACGCGACGGCCCUGCCAGCGAGGCCGCGCUGCAGCUGCUGUGCCGUGCCGACGGAGAUCCGCUAUGCUCCGCCUGCCGCAUGGCCGCGGGCCCGGAGCCGCCCGAGUGGGAGCCGCGCUGGAGGAAGGCGAUGCGCGGCAAGGAGAACAAGGGGUCCGUGGAAAUCAUGAGGAAGGACUUAAAUGAUGCCCGGGAUCUGCAUGGUCAGGCAGAAUCAGCGGCUGCUGUGUGGAAGGGCCAUGUUAUGGACCGAAGAAAGAAGGCCCUGACUGACUACAAGAAGCUUCGGGCCUUUUUCGUGGAAGAGGAGGAACACUUUCUGCAAGAGGCUGAGAAGGAUGAGGGUCCUUCGGAGGAUGAUGAGCAGGCUGACCCGGCAGAACGCUUCCGGUCCCUACUGCAGGCGGUGUCAGAGCUGGAGAAGAAGCACCGGAACCUGGGCCUUAGCAUGCUUCUUCAGUGAUGAAGCUUGUGCAGCAGGCUGGCCCCCUGGAGCAUGAGGCAGAAGGAACCAUCUUUACAGCUGGCCUGCAGUACCCCUAUCUACAUCUCUCAGGCCUCUCUGCCUGGCACCACCCUUCAUCCUGGACAGGUCCCCAUCUCUGUCAACACUGAUAACAUUGGCCUGGGAUGAAGCAUCAAAGGUGCCCUGCUUUCGGUCAUCCAUAUAGUUCCAUUUCUUAACAGUGUUUUUAGUUUUCUUUGGGGCAUGAAUGUGCUCAGGCCUGUACCUGUCCCUAGUAGAGACCAGUCCUGGGAUUUCCUUCCCAGUGUGUCCCAACCCUGCCUGAGAUCACAUGGCAGCUCUGAAGCCCCUGCUUGUUUAGCCAUGGCACAGGGCCUAGUGUGACAGUGUCACUCUAGCAUCCAGGAAUCAAACUUUGCACCUUCCCCAUUGGUACUCAUGACAGGAUUGGCUCACCAGACAUCCCUCAGCAAGGCUUUGGGGCAUACCAGUUACAGUCAGCCUGCUUUAGUGCCAGAGAAUAGAGAUGCAGGAGGCCCUGGGGUAUGGCUGGGACCCGACUCUUGAUGGUGGUGUGGGGAAGCAUUCUCCACCCUCCAGAGGCUGCCCCUUCCCUUUGGGUCUUGCUGUGCCAGAUCCUGGGAGUUGUCUUCUGCUUUGCUUUCCUAGCCUCUUUCCUUCUAGCUUGUGCCCCUUGGGUGUCACCGUCAUCCUCUAAGUGCUCCCUAUGGUUACUCAGCUCUCAUAAAAGGGACCUUCUUCCCUGCAGAAGAGCGGCAGGGGUGGCAUCUCCAAGCCACCUGGUGCUUCACUUUGAUGUACUUUUGGCUUUUUCUCACCUCAUUUUCUCCAGUAGGUGAAUUUCACAAAACUUGUGGCGUAGCGGUAGCGUGGUUGCCUGCAGCAUUGUGUGUGUAGAUAACUAGUCCAAGAAACAAAUCCCAGCAGAGAGGAAAGAACAGGUCAGGGGCCAAAGAUACAGAUCUAUGUAAGUUUGGGGGUAAUGAUGUUCUGUCCUCAGAAGGCCCUGGCCUUGGGCGUAGUGAGUGGCUCCAGCUUGACUCCCAGGUGGGCUGGGUUCUCAGUGCUGAAUAAAAUGGUUUGCUCCA